AUGUCCAAGUCCUCUGACGAAGAAGCAGACUCACGGACAGCCCUGGUGGGGGCGUCGCGUGCCAAAUCAAACCCACGCUCCGCCUCGCGCUCCGCGUCGAACGACAGCACUUCCCGCCCGGCCAAGAGACAGCGCAAGAACAAGAACGCCAAAGACUCGGGUCUCGGCGAUAUCGUUCCCCGGGGAGGCUCUUUUAGCGAAGCUACAUUGCCAGUGGAUCCCGAUAGCACAUCGAGUUCUGGCAGUUCGGACUCCAGCGAUGACAAUUCCACCUCUGAUUCCGAGUCCGAGUCCGAGUCCGAAGCCGAGGAGCGCAAGCCUAGCGCAAAUCCACACGAAGGCAAUACUGCGCCUGCAAUUAGUUGGAACCAGGGCCGGAAGGCGGCUGUGCGGACCUCGCUCGGAAAGCGAUCCGCGCCAGAUGGAAAAUCAACACAAUUCGCUGCUGUAAACGACAAGUACUGGCGCAGUCGCAGCGAGUCAGUGUCAUCGGUCAGCGAUGGUGCAGGAGAACCAGAUGCGAAAAAGGCGAAAUCAAGUACUCAGCCCGCAGAAGAAGACGAGCUCGAAGAGGGCGAAAUUGAUUCAAAGAGUGAAUCGGAUGACACUUCUCUCGACUCAGAAGCCGACGAUUCUAUCCUUCUGAACAUUGGUGAAAAGGAGAGUGGAGUGGGUGGUGUCGAGGAUUACGAUCCUGCCACUUUGGCUCACCAGCAUUCGUCUAACGCCGCAACCACAAUGAACGGUGGAUCUUCGCAUGGAAAGGAAGACGCGUUCCGCCAAUUCGCUCGCAAAUACCCAACCGCGCCCACUUCGUUGAUAGAUUUGAGUCAACAAGAUCUCGAAAUUCAGGCCAAGUUCAUACAUUUCGGCACAAACAUUCACGAUCUCGACCUCAAGCUACCUGUCUCUUGUAUCGAAUGCCAGAAAGAGGGUCAUUUAGCUGAUAUCUGCCCAUUAAAAGAGUGCACACACUGUGGCUCGUGGAACCAACACCAAAGCAGCACCUGCCCCAGCUGGCGACGAUGCCAAAGAUGUCGCGAACGAGGUCAUGAUGAACCCCAAUGCGAGUCGAAAUUGCGCGGCUCCGCACUUGAAGACCCUUGUGAUUAUUGCGGCCAGGCGCACUUGGAGUCCCAGUGCGAUCACCUAUGGAAAUUCCCAUCCCGAGAAACCCACUCCCAACAAACAACAGUGUCCAUCUGCUGUGCCAACUGUUGCAGCAUGAAGCAUCUCGUUGGAGAUUGCGAAACCAGAAACACUCGUACAAAAUUCACCUCAUCUUCAUUCAGCCUGAAAAACACCGACCCGGACGCGAUCACGAACCUUAACUCCGUUGGCGCCAGCCGAAAUGCACCACCAGGCCGACCGGGAGCUCGCACAAGACGUGAUUGGUCCCCACCCUCCUCCGACGAUGGCGAUAUGAUGUCCCGUGUCUCCCGGGGCCGAGGCCGUCCGGUACCCGCUCCUCGUGGCAACAGUCGUGGAAAGAUUCAGUUCGCAAAUGGUGCUGGAAGUGGCCGGUCUCGUGGUCCUUCUCGGGGUCGACCCCCAUUCCCUGGAAAUGGGGGCCCUCGAUCUGAGCCACCACUCCCCCGCGGUCCCCCUCCCCCUCCUCGUGGCGGCGGCCGUGGUCGUGGACCCCCUCGAGGGGGUUUCUCGCGCGGGCCGCGGGGUGGUGGUCGAGGUCGCGCUCGCUAA